CUAGCACAUGAAGUUAAACAUUCUUUGACCAUUAUUCUUGACAUUCACUUAGUUGAAUCAGAGGUUUUCAAUUCAUUCUCUAUUUGCUUUUGCAAGUAUAAAAGUGGUGGAUUGAGUAUAGAACAUCGGUGCAUUUAAAGAAAAAUGGAUAUAAACAGAAUCCAAUUAGCUCUGCGCUCUUGUGGGAUCUUUCAAUCUAUCAAACACGCCAAAUCACUUCACUCUUGCAUCAUAAAACUUGGCUUUCUGAAUCAUGUUUUCCUCGUAAACAACAUGAUCUCUGUCUAUGCAAAGGUUCUCCAUGUAGAUGAUGCGCGAAACCUGUUUGACGAAAUGCCUCACAGAAACAUCGUUACUUGGACCACAAUGCUCUCUGCAUACACCAAUUCUGGGAGUCCCCACGUGGCCCUUUCACUUUACAAUCAGAUGCUGCAAUCUGAAACAGAGGAGCCCAAUGGGUUCUUGUACUCUGCGGUUCUCAAGGCGUGUGGUCUAGUGGGUGAUGUUGAACUGGGUAGGUUUGUUCACCAGCAUGUAGCUCAGGCAAAAAUGGAAUUUGACACUGUUCUGAUGAAUGCACUUUUGGACAUGUAUGUCAAAUGUGGGAGCUUGAAGGAUGCAAAGCGAGUUUUUUAUGAGACCCCACUUAAGAAUUCGACUUCAUGGAACACGCUCAUUCUGGGUCAUGCUAAAAGUGGCUUGGUGGGCGAUGCUCUGAAGCUGUUUGAUCAAAUGCCGGAACGUGAUAUUGUUUCUUGGAAUAGCAUCGUUGCUGGUCUAGCAAGUACUGGAAGCCCCCAUGCAUUACAGUUUGUUGCUAGGAUGCACGUGCUAGGCUUUAAACUAGAUGAGUUCACAUUCCCACGCGCUCUCAAAAUUUGCGGUCAGGUUGGUGAAAUAGCAACGGGGAAACAAAUUCAUUGUUAUGUUAUCAAGUCAGGGUUUGAGUCUUGCAGUUACUGUAUAUCAGCGUUGAUUGAUAUGUAUUCCAAUUGCAAGUUAUUGGAUGAAGCAAUGUUGAUCUUUGAUCAGUUCUUCGACAAUUCUUUUGUUGUCGAAAGCUUGGCAAUUUGGAAUUGUAUGCUUUCUGGGUAUGUUGUCAAUGGGGAUUAUGGAAAGGCUCUUAGUCUGAUUGCACAUAUCCAUAAAACUGGUGCAUAUUUCGAUUCUUAUACCUUUAGUAUUGCUUUAAAGGUUUGUAUGUACUUCCAGAACUUGAGGUUGGUAUCUCAGGUGCAUAGUUUGGUCAUCACAAGUGGCUAUGAGUUAGAUUGCGUUAUUGGAAGCAUUCUUAUUGAUCUCUAUGCGAACCAGGGGAAUAUUAAUAUUGCUUUGAGAUUGUUUGAAAAGUUGCCAGAAAAAGAUGUUGUGGCUUGGUCUAGUGUGAUUGCUGCUUGUGCUAGAUCUGGCUUAGAUUCAUUGGCUUUAUCCCUCUUUAUGAAUAUGACUCGUAUGGAUCUUGAGAUUGACCAUUUUAUCCUUACAGUUGUUCUUAAAGUUUGUUCAACCUUGGCAUCUCAGAGAAUUGGAAAGCAAAUUCAUGCUAACUGUCUUAAAAAGGGAUAUGAAUCAGAGGGAGUUAUUGCAACUGCUCUUAUUGAUAUGUACUCAAAAUGUGGUGACAUUGAGGAUGCCUUAGCGUUGUUUGGCUGUCUUUCAGAAAGAGACACUAUGUGUUGGACAGGGAUUAUUGUUGGAUGUGCACAAAAUGGAAGAGUAGACGAGGCAAUCAAUCUUCUGCAUGAGAUGAUAGAAUCUGGUGAAAAGCCAAAUGAAAUCACCAUUCUAGGUGCUCUUACGGCUUGUAGGCAUGGUGGCCUAGUUGAAGAGGCAUGGGCCAUAUUUGAUUCUGUUGAAACAGACCAUGGAUUGAAAAGGUGCCUAGAGCAUUACAGUUGUAUGGUUGAUCUACUUGGUCAAGCAGGACGCUUCGAAGAAGCACUAAAAUUGAUUAGUGACAUGCCAUUUAAGCCUGACAAGACGAUAUGGUUCUCCUUGCUUGGCGCUUGUGGAACUCACAAGAACCAGUAUCUUGCUAAUGUUGUUGCUGAGCAUCUUCGUGCUACAUUUCCAGAAGAUGCUUCUGUAUAUGUAAUGCUGUCAAACGUUUAUGCAACUCUUGGAAUGUGGGAUAGUUUAAGCGAAGCAAGGGAAGCCUUGAAAAAAGUAGGCUUAAAAGGAGCUGGUAAAAGCUGGAUUGAGAUCUCAAGUUGACAAUGCUGGUUUUGUUAGUGGCUUGGUUCAGCUAGCUUCCCCCGGGUUCAUAGUGUGUGAUUUUUCAAGAUGCAUUGCCGACUGUUCUAGUUUAAUAGCUAGUCUGGACCAUCAAAGCCAGUCUAUAUUUAUAAUUUGGAGACUGCAAUAGUUCAAUGAGAAGGUAAAAAGCAUAUAUCACAUUUUAAAUGGCAGCAGGUAGCAGAUAUCACCACCUAGUGGGAUAGGCUUUGUUGUUGGUGUUUGUUGUUGUAGCAGAUACUGCACUUUAAAAAUGCAUGAGUUGAUGCGCUGAAUGCAGCAGUUCCCUCUGAUAAGAUUGUUAUACCUGCUAUUUCCACAAGGCCUCAUGCAUCAAGUGAUUGCAUCCCCCAAUGAAAUAUGAAAAGGGCUUUUUACAGAAGUCAUCAAGUCUCCACUUUUAUUUUAACAUGGUUGAUCAGCUUGACAUUUUCAGCAUAUCAUUGAAAAGCUUCCAUCUGAUGAGAUUGAGCAUGUGAUUAAGACACCACAAAGCAGCAUUGAGAGUUUGUUGGGGCAGAUACAAACAUCUCUUGAGCCAUGUCCACCAUUGAUUGUGAUCUCAGAUCAGAGAGGAUUUUGGUUACGUGGUCAGAGCCCAUCCCCCGAGGGUCAUUUUAUGCCGGGGUUUGGACAUUAUGAAGCUGCAUCCAGGCAUAAUCUCAGGUCUUUCUUCCAAGCCAAAGCCAUAAUAUUGAAUACAGCAAUAUAAAAAGGGUGAAAGCCCACUAUACACUUCUUUUUCUUUCAUUUUCUUGUUACGUUUUUACCAACUGAUGCUUUAAAACCACUGGUUAAUUCUAAAUUGAAAACUUUCAUUGAAAUAAAUGAAAUUUAACUUCUACUAUUAAAAUUCUUAACCAGAAUCCUUAAAAAAAUUAGUCAGCAAAAUGCUACUACAGAAUUCCAUUCUGACACCAUGGCAAAUUGCUAGCUAGCAAUAAUGCAAGAUUCCUAUUCCUUAAAUUAUACCCAAAUGAGAAAACCUAGUACAUAGAGCUGGAAGAACAUGAACCCUAGAAGAACAUAGGUAAGAACAACACAAAAGUGGUCCUAAAACAAUUAGGUUAUGCCCUGUCCAAACAUGGGCAGAGCAAUUAUCACCACAUAGCAAAAACAAUGAACAUGGUAGACCCCACAAGUGAACCCCACCUCACAAUUCAUCACAGUGGCUGCUCUGCAUAAGGCCGACUCAUUGCUAUGAUGUGCUAUUGUAAUGUCUCUACCAUGCAUGCUAGUGGCAGUGCCUUGUAUGGAAUUUAUUUCUUGAAGUCUUCCCACGGAAUUUUUA